AUGUGGCACAACGUGGGGCUGACUCUGUUGGUGUUCGUGGCCACGCUGCUCACAGUCCUGCUGCUGAUGGUGUGCGGUUGGUAUUUUGUAUGGCACCUUUUUUUAUCUAAGUUCAAGUUUCUGCGGGAACUGGUGGGAGACACAGGAUCCCAGGAGGGAGAUCAUGAGCCUUCAGGCACAGAAGGAGAAGACACUACUGCAGCCUCGCAACACAGGGUCCGAUCCGCUCGCCAAAGGAGGGCACCUGCAGACCAAGGGCACUGA